UCAUGGCCCAUACAGCUCUGGAAUAUAGAAAGCUCCCAAUUUCCGCAAGCAAUGUCGAAUGUGUUCCUUCACAUUCUCUCCACUUUCUCCGAAAGACAACUCCAUACAUAGUACUCUAUAAUAUCCGUACUUUAUUACAAUAUUACAUCACAUUUUCUCAACAAAAUCUCACUGUAAUAACGAGAAAAAAGGGGUUUUUAAAAGACGUGAUAGAAUAGAAAUGGAUAUAAAUGAGAUAGUAGGAGAGACGAAAAGGUCAGUGAAUUUUCCAACAAAGAGUGCAAUUUAUGUGUGGGGAUACAAUCAGAGUGGGCAAACAGGGAGGAAAGGCAAAGAUGGUCAAUUGAGAAUUCCAAAACAGCUUCCUCCUGAGCUUUUUGGGUGCCCUGCAGGAGCUAAUGCUAGGUGGUUGGAUAUAGCUUGUGGCCGUGAGCAUACUGCUGCUGUGGCUUCUGAUGGGUCACUUUUCACUUGGGGGGAUAACGAAUUUGGUCAACUGGGAGAUGGCACUGAGGACAGCAGGAAGUACCCGAAGAAAGUGAAGCAACUGGAGACAGAGUUUGUGAAAUCUGUAUCUUGUGGGGCACAUUGUACUGCUGCUAUUGCAGAGCCUCGUCAAAAUGAUGGAACCAUCUUGAGUAGACUCUGGGUUUGGGGACAAAAUCAGGGAUCAAAUUAUCCACGUUUGUUCUGUGGAGCCUUUUCACCAAACACGAUCAUCCGCCAGGUGUCCUGUGGUGCAGUUCAUGUGGUGGCUUUAUCAGAGGAUGGCCUACUGCAAGCUUGGGGCUACAAUGAAUAUGGUCAACUUGGCAGAGGUUUUACUUGUGAAGGACUACAGGGGGCUCGUGUAAUAAAUGCUUAUGCAAAGUUUCUUGACGAAGCCCCUGAGCUUGUGAAGAUUACCCAAGUGUCAUGCGGGGAGUACCACACAGCUGCCAUAUCUGAAAAGGGCGAGGUCUAUACUUGGGGGCUAGGAAACAUGGGCCAACUUGGGCAUACUUCUCUUCAGUCUGGGGAUAAAGAGUUGCUGCCGAGGCGAGUGGUUGCCCUUGAUGGAAUCUUCAUCAAGGAUGUUGCAUGUGGAGGUGUACACACCUGUGCAGCGACUCAGAAGGGAGCUCUUUAUGCUUGGGGUGGUGGUCAAGCUGGGCAAUUGGGCCUUGGCCCCCAAACUGGAUCUUUUUCUUUCAUUCCUAGCGAAUCUGAAUCCUUUCUGCGAAAUAUCCCUGCUUUGGUGAUCCCAACUGAUGUGCAACAUGUUGCUUGUGGACAUUCUCACACACUUGUUUCUAUGAGGGAUGGAAGAAUACAUGGAUGGGGUUACAAUAGCUAUGGUCAGGCAGCGAAUGAGAAAUCUACUUACGCAUGGUAUCCAUCACCAGUUGACUGGUGUGUAGGGGAAGUGCGGAAACUAGCAGCUGGCGGUGGCCAUUCGGCAGUGUUGACUGAUGCUUGUUCCUUGAAAGAGUUGUGCGAGUUUAGACUUGCAGAGAAUGUAACUUUAUCAAAUGCAUCUAAGAUUGAGGAUGUUGCAUCCAGAACAGGAGCAGAUGCUUUAGCACGCCUCUGUGGAAGAUUGAGGGAGCAUUUGCUUGGUGGUGAUUUAGAUUAUGAAGAUAUCAGCAACAGGAAGGACGAAACAAACAAUUAGGACUGGAGAUUGCUGCUCACUGUUGUGGUCUGUAUUUUCGGUGGUGAUCCAAUUAGGACUGCAAUUAAUAACUAUAUUAUUGAGAUGCCAAUGGGGAAUCCCUGGUGCUCUAUGUAUCACUUCUCGUAGGUCACCUUGAUGAUCAGUCUGGUUGUGACCAUUGAACCAAAACCACAUGCUUGAUAUUGAAGUCGAAAUUGAACUUCUGAUUGAAAAUUGUAUAAAAUUCAGUGGUUGUUGGACUUAAAGCAUAUGCAAAAGGAUUCUUGCUGUAAAA